AUGUCUCCCUCGGAUUUUCUGGAUAAACUGAUGGGGAGAACCUCAGGAUAUGAUGCCAGGAUCAGACCUAAUUUUAAAGGUCCCCCAGUCAAUGUGAGCUGCAACAUUUUCAUCAACAGUUUUGGCUCCAUUGCUGAAACAACUAUGGAUUAUAGAGUCAACAUCUUUUUGCGUCAGCAGUGGAAUGACCCUCGAUUGGCCUACAACGAGUAUCCUGAUGAUUCCCUAGACCUGGACCCAUCCAUGUUGGACUCCAUCUGGAAGCCAGACUUGUUCUUUGCCAAUGAGAAAGGAGCCCAUUUCCAUGAGAUCACCACCGAUAACAAGCUCCUGCGCAUCUCCAGGAAUGGCAAUGUUCUCUACAGUAUCAGGAUUACUCUGACUCUGGCCUGCCCCAUGGAUUUGAAGAAUUUUCCCAUGGAUGUCCAGACAUGCAUUAUGCAACUGGAGAGCUUUGGCUAUACCAUGAAUGACCUCAUCUUCCAGUGGCAAGAGCAAGGGGCCGUGCAGGUGGCAGAUGACUUAACCCUGCCCCAGUUUAUCCUGAAAGAAGAAAAGGAUUUGCGAUACUGCACCAAACAUUAUAACACAGGCAAAUUCACCUGCAUAGAGGCUCGCUUCCACCUAGAAAGACAGAUGGGCUACUACCUGAUCCAGAUGUAUAUCCCCAGCCUGCUCAUUGUCAUCCUCUCCUGGAUCUCUUUCUGGAUCAACAUGGAUGCUGCACCUGCUCGGGUGGGCUUGGGCAUCACUACAGUGCUCACCAUGACCACCCAGAGCUCUGGCUCUCGAGCAUCUUUGCCUAAGGUCUCCUACGUGAAAGCCAUUGACAUCUGGAUGGCAGUCUGUCUGCUCUUCGUAUUCUCAGCAUUGCUGGAGUAUGCCGCUGUCAACUUCGUGUCCCGGCAGCACAAAGAGCUACUCAGGUUCAGGAGGAAAAGGAGACACCACAAGAAGGAAGAAGAUGAAGCUGGGGAGGGGAGGUUCAAUUUCUCUGCUUACGGGAUGGGCCCAGCCUGUCUACAGGCCAAGGAUGGCAUCUCCGUCAAGGGAGCCAACAACAACACAGGCAACCCUCCACCUCCUCCCUCCAAGUCCCCAGAGGAGAUGCGCAAGCUUUUUAUCCAAAGGGCCAAGAAGAUUGACAAGAUGUCCCGGAUUGGCUUCCCCAUGGCCUUCCUCAUCUUCAACAUUUUCUAUUGGAUCAUCUACAAGAUUGUCCGCAGGGAGGAUGUCCACAAUCAGUGA